GAUGGCUACGGGAGCACAACGCCGCUGCAACUGGCCGCGGAAAACGGGCACGAGGCCGUCGCGAGGCUGCUCGUGCAGGCGGGCGCCCAUAAGGACGCGGAGGAUGGCUACGGGAGCACAACGCCGCUGCAACUGGCCGCGGAAAACGGGCACGAGGCCGUCGCGAGGCUGCUCGUGCAGGCGGGCGCCGACAAGGACGCGAAGGAUGACUUCGGGUGGACGCCGCUGCACCGGGCCGCAGAAAACGGGCACGGGGCCGUCGCGAGGCUUUUGCAAUAACAACUUCACCACCUCCCCACCCACCACCUAC